CACAGCAAUGUGAUACGCACAGCACAGGGAUGCCGUGCCUCCACAACCAACUAAUGACGAACCUUGAGAUAUUCCACAUAUAUAUGUGCGAUGACCAUCUGAUGUAGGCAAACUUGCCUUUUGCGUUUUCAUCGACAAUGCCCGGACAUCAAAGCUUCACUUGAGCCGUUGGUCGAUCACUUCACAGCGCUUCAUCACAGCCUUUUGAAAUUCAAGAUGACUCCCUACUUACCCAUCGAAUUGCUCAUACAGAUCGUGGAAUGCAUUGAAGGGGACAAGCGAGACAGCACCUUACGCAACAUAACCCUGACCUGCCGACUUUGGUCCAAUCUGUUCAGGAAAUGCCUUUACAAGGCGCUCGACUUCUCAGAAGAUGAGGCUGUACGAGAUCUGGAUACCGAAGAAGAUCACUUGACGACGUUUGAUCGUUUCGUAUUGACCAUUAUCAAGUACCCUCAUUGUGCAGAACAUGUCAAAUCCGUCAAAUUCCCAAGCAAAGACAUGACGCGUUACAACUCAGAGCCAUCGAACGACUUCAUUCUCGCUAUCGAGUCGUUGCAGGGCUUAUCUCCCAACCUUCGACAAUUGAUACUCGCAGCUUUCCGCGAAACUGAAGCCCGGACCAAAAUUAUGCUCUUACUCCUCUUAUGCAAGAACCUCGAAUGUGGAAAUUUCAUUGAGCCUACCCACGUUUUCGGCUACAAGAAUAAUUUCACAAAGUUUUUCGAGGAAUUCAUAGCAUUGCGGCGAAUGUUGUGUACACCUGAAUCGGCGAUCAAUAUCCGCGAGGUGGAGGUAUUCAAUAUAGUAGAAGAGGACCCCACCAGUUCUGCGGGCAUUCAGGAUUACAGCAGAUGCAUCAACAUGAAUGAUAUCGCCUAUCUCCUGCAACUACCAUCGCUCGAAAAAGUCACAGCGCACGAGAUGGACAAUAAAGGGUUUGCAGCCGACAUACCUCAAUGCAGUUCAAAAUCUAUUCGAUCUUUCAACUUGGUGCGAAGAUUGAACAAAGAGCCAUACUCCAGCCCGAUACCAGAUAUCCUGAGCUACCUUCCCCAGCUCGAACAUUUCUCUGUGAUUUACAACCUACACUGCAUAGUUCAUUUUCAAGACCAUCACCCGAAGGAAGGGUUGCAUACGACAUAUUCAGCUUUGUGUGAUAAUGGCAAGAGCAUCAAACAUUUUGAAUUCAUCUUGAGCAGCCACGAUUGGGACCUCGGAUACAUGACUGCAGAAGUGAAUCAUGAAACCAUAUUCGACAAUGGUAAGGAAACAUCAAGACUCCGUCACAUCUACGAAGCAAAGUUCAGUCUUCGAGACAUGCAAUGUCUGGAAUCGUUGCAUCUAGACGCUGAGCUUCUUUUCCUACAUCGUCAUCAGUACGACGGGCAUGGGCAACAUGGCCCAACCAAUGGACUGUAUAGCGAGUCAUUUUUCGUUGACUUCCUUCCUCCGACUCUGAAGCAUUUGUCAUUUACUGCAAUGUUUCCUCAAGGGGACGAUUUUGCGAUGCACCAGAGACAGCUACGAUACCUGCUCACUCACGAGUCAUUCUCUGAGCUUCAACUGGUAAUACUGGGCAAUUGCUCUCUCUGGAACGAUCUCUUCAGUUUCAAGGAUCUGAUCAUAUCUCACAAAUGGGACAUCGGAAUCAACACAGGUCGGCCCGGUCACAAGUCCACUGAACGCAUUUUCUUGACAAGACCUUCGCUAUUCAGACCAAAGCACAGAGAUCCAUCGGAACCAAACUGGUUGCGGGAAGCGCGGCUGGAUUCGCUCUACACGCAAGAACGUCACAAUGCGAUGGCGCAAGUACAGGACGAGCCCCGAUUCCCAAGACCACCCGGGAAGUUACCACGAGUGAGGAGCUGGGUCAUCUCUCAAUUGGAGGAAAUCGAAGCCAGGGCCCCUGAUCAAUGCUCUGAAUGCAAAGCAUUCGCCGCUGGGCGGCGUCUCACUUCCAGCUGAAUCGGACCAACAUCCUGGCCCAAGUGCGAUUUCGAGUGAUGGGGUUUGAGCAAUGGAGUAGCUUUGUAAAACAAUAAUCGCAUAUCAAAUGAAAAGAUCCCCAGAAAUUUCCACAG